AACUUAGGUUGGUAGAUGGAUCAAAUGAGGAGGCUAGUGCUAUGUUGAAUAAUGCUCGUUCUUUACUUCAGAAUCCUCUUUUUGAAUCUUGAAAGCAUCAAAGUCACCCUUAGCUCUAAAUUCAUCAGCAUCAGAAGAAGGAAAAAAAUCCAUUGUUUUCAGAGGGAGGGAGAAACGAAAAACAGAAUGGAGAGUGCCUUUCUAUUCACCACUGCCAUACUCCUUGUGGGGUUCUUUUCCACAACCAUUCACGUAGCAUCUGCUGCCGUUUGGCUUCCAGCCCAUGCAACUUUCUACGGCGGAAGUGAUGCUUCCGGCACAAUGGGCGGAGCUUGUGGUUAUGGUAAUCUCAAUACGGAUGGUUACGGGAUACAAACAGCUGCACUCAGCACAGCUUUGUUUAACAAUGGCGAGUCAUGCGGAGGCUGCUAUCAGAUAGUCUGCGAUGCGGCCAAGGUACCGCAAUGGUGCCUCAAGGGCAAAUACAUUACCAUCACGGCCACCAACUUCUGUCCUCCGAACUAUGCACUCCCAAGUGACAAUGGUGGUUGGUGCAAUCCUCCCCGACCACACUUCGACAUGUCUCAACCUGCAUUCCAGACCAUCGCCAAAUACAAAGCUGGGAUCGUACCAAUCCUCUAUAGGAAGGUUGGAUGCAGGAGAAGUGGUGGCAUCAGAUUCACCAUCACAGGAAGGGACUAUUUUGAGUUAGUGCUCAUAUCAAAUGUUGGAGGUGCUGGAGAGAUUUCCAAGGUAUGGAUAAAGGGGUCCAAAACCAAUAAAUGGGAAACCAUGUCGAGAAACUGGGGUGCCAACUGGCAGAGCUUAAGCUAUCUAAACGGUCAGAGUUUAUCCUUCAGGGUCCAAGCCAGGAAUGGAAUGAUUCGAACUGCUCUUAAUUUGGUGCCUUCCAAUUGGCAAUUCGGCCAGUCCUUCAAAAGCAACGUUCAGUUUUAGAUCUUUCCUAUUGUUCAUGUAUUUUGUUUCGCCAUACCUUUUUUUUCUUCUUCCAAACUGUAUCAUACAAAGUGUAAUCAUUUGGGUUGUGGCUUAGCCUUUUGCAAUGAAGCCCAGCAAGUGAUUUACAACAUAUAUAAGCCAGGCCAACUAAAGGCAACUCUACUGCGUUGGCAUUGAUAGAUGCAACCAGUAUUGCAACUCGAUUCUUUAUUCCGCUUUAAUGGAAUGGUAGAACAAGUGCAAACUAUAGGCCAUGUAAUAAUAGGUGUACCAGGUUUUCCUGUAAUAAUGUUUGUUUAAGGAA